UUGCCCUUCAUAAACUUUGUGACAUAUCAAAUUUCUCGAUGUUGUAAUGUAGUACAUAUUCAAAGAUCGUUAUGGAGGAUGCACUCAAUACAUUGGCCCAGGAAGCACAUGAGCUUUAUCUGGACCCGCUUGUGCCAAUUCUGGACCAUGUUCCGACUGCCCUUGAAUUCUAUCGAGACUGGGUUGCACCAAACAAGCCGGUGUUGAUAAAAGGAGUCUUCGACGACUGGCCGGCUUUGAAAUGUUGGGAUGUUGAAUACCUCAGGGAGAAGAUUGGUUCAAAAGAGGUGACAGUGACUGUUACGCCAAAUGGUUAUGCGGAUGCAGUCUCCGAGGGAAAAUUCAUCAUGCCUGAGGAGAGAUCGAUGAAGUUUGCAGGCUUUCUUGACAUUAUUGAACGGAAGUCGAAGCCAGCUGGUGUAUAUUACAUCCAGAAACAGAAUUCAAAUUUCACUGAGGAGUUCCAAGAAAUAGCUGCUGAUGCUGGUUUGGAAAUUCCGUGGGCCACUGAGGCAUUUGGGAAGAAGCCAGAUGCAGUCAACUUCUGGAUGGGGGAGGAGAAAGCAGUAACAUCAAUGCACAAGGACCACUAUGAGAAUCUCUACUGUGUCAUCCAUGGAGAGAAGCAGUUUAUAAUUAUACCUCCAACGGAUCAACCGUUUGUGCCUUACGGUGAGUACCAAGCUGCCAAGUAUGUCGUCCAUGAAGAUGGCAGUUACGAUGUUGUCGAUGACAUGGAGACUGGUAAGGUUCCAUGGAUUCCAGUCGACCCUGAGACUCCAGACUUGGAGAAAUACCCAAAAUAUAAGAGAGCCAAGCCAUAUGUAAUCCGAGUUGAAAAAGGCGAAACGUUGUACCUUCCCUCACUAUGGUUUCAUCAUGUGAGGCAGUCGCAGGGAUGUAUUGCAGUUAACUUCUGGUACGACAUGGAAUACGAUAUCAAAUAUAACUAUCACAAGUUCGUGGAGGGUUUACUCAGAUAAUAUAAGACUGUAAGUGUCCACACAACUGGAAGACUGCCGAAUGGGAAAGGCCAGAGGAAUUCGAGGAUGUGUCAUCACCAAGAGGCCUGUAUUGAUAGUGAAUCCUUUUCGUGUAUCUUGUUAUUGUAAAUAUAGUGAAACCUCUCAAUUAUUUACACUCUUAGAAGUGAUAGAUGCUAAUCUUAACCCUUUAAGUAACUGCCGAAUAUUUUUAAUUAAAUUUUAAAACAUUUCCGAUAACCGGUUAGCUUGAAACAGAGAAGAGUUAGAUUCCACGAAAAUCACCUUAAAAACGAUAUACUACCUGCACCUCUGGGGCGCUUAUACAAUACCCUGGCAUUUGUCAUCCGUUAACAGAGCACGUUUGUCACUGCUAGGGCUAGAUGGCUAAAACUUGGUGUAAUGGUAGCUUUGGGCAAUAUGCGCAGACAUAUUUUUCUUUUUCGCGAUAAGACCUAUUUUCUGGCCUCCAGGCGGCGUCUUGGAAAUUGGAAAUUUUUAUGGUGCGUGUAUUUAAUAAGGUUAAAUGACAUAUCAC